UUCUCCCGCUGCGCAGCAAGACUCAGAGCCCUGAGAGCAGACUCGGGCCAGCUGAGAGAGGAGCUCAACCUGCUGUUUGACCAGCUCCUGUCCGAAAACUACAACCGAGCCUUAGAGCCCAACAUCAACAUCCGACCCGAGCGAGCAUCCACACUAAACGCCAUGGCAGCAGCCACGCAGAACACCCUAGCAACCACGCAGAACACCAUAGCAACCACGCAGAGCCACCUAGCAACCGUUGAGUCGUUAACCUUCAAUCAAGCUAUCCAGCACCCCAUCAGUAUGUUGUGGAGCACUGUCUUACCAACUAUUGAGCAACACUCUCCAGCAAAACAAAAAGUUUUUGUUCUGGCAGCAAGCACACCUAAAAUGGCUUCAGAGAAGAGGUGUGCAGUCUGCUGCGACACACCAGUGGCCUUGUGCCGCUCAGUCAAGAACAUUUAGUGGUCAAACUGUGCCAGCUUGUACAUCAUCUCCUCAAUCAGCUCAAGGUAAUAAUGGAUGAGAAGACACUGGAUGUGUUGGUGAACUAUACUACCGGUGCACUCAAAGCGUGCAGUUCGUGGACGCACUCAGAUGUCCUCCUGGCACUCUCCACAAUAGUUUAUGGCAAUGGACCUCAGUGCCACCAGCACCUCAGCCACCUGCUGGGUGAAGACGGAGUCCUACUGCUGUACAGCUCUCCAACUCAGCCAGAUAUGGAGCUCCGUCGGGUUGCUCUAACCUGUAUGGCCAACAUCUGUCUCAGGAUGCCUGGUCAGCCACCUUUGGAUGAUCAGUACAGAAGUGUAUCUUUCAGCGUCUUCCUGAAAACACUGCAGUCACCAAAACCUCCCAACACCGAUGAGCUCUUCUACUGCAUGGUGGUCCAGGCAGCACUGAAGGGGCUUCAGUGUUGUCUCUCAGGUGGGAAGUGGAAAUUUGGUGGAGCAGAGGAGCUUGGAUCUGUUCUGGCCUCACUUAAGAGGCUCAUGUUCCAGGGAGCCCCAGGUGUGAACGUCGAGUGGCCGGCUGUGCUUUACCCAGCUCCUCUUCCUCAGUACGAGGGUCUCUCCGCACCCAAACCAGCUGAAGCACCAAAACCCUCUGAGACACAGAGAGAUGCCACUGGUUCAGGCAAAAACUCAGGGAAUAAAAAGAGGAAAUCCAGAGGGAAGGGGAAGAAGACGAGCACUGAGGAAAGCAGAGGGGAUGAUGGGGAGGAAAACGACAGGGAGGCAGUGCCUGUACUUCAGAAAUUUGAGGGAAGAGAUGGAGGCCAGGUGGAGGCAGAGUCCUCGUCCAAACUCUCUGCUCCAUCUCUCUACCCCUCCUGGAAAAGAACUAGUUCUGACUCUGAAUUUUCUGAUCCAGAAGGCAGCGCACAGUGCAAAUUAAGGCUUUACCAUGGUCGCGUGCGUCAGGGAGCACUGCACUGUCUGCUAGCAGUGGCUAAAGGUGUAGAGAAGAGGACUCUGUAUGGGUACUGGUCCUCCUUCAUCCCUGACUCUCCUCCUAUUGGAGGACCGCCGCCUCUCACUCUCCUGACAAUCAUACUGAAAGACCCCUCACCAAAGGUGCGUGCGUGUGCGCUUCAGGUGUUGUCGGCCAUGCUUGACGGCUCCCGCCAGUUCCUGGCUGUAGCUGAAGACACGGCGUCUCCUCGUACAUCUUACACCCCUUUCUCCUUCUUGCUCGCCACUGCUGUCAGAGAGCUGCACCGCGCUCUCAGUCUGGCUCUGCUGGCUGAGACCUCCCCUCAGACACUCACACAGGUCAUAAAGUGUCUGGCGUACCUGGUGGCAAACGCUCCCUACCACCGUCUCAGACCAGGCCUGCUCAGCCCGCUCUGGAAGCAGAUGCGUCCCUACAUACGCCACAGAGAUGUGAACGUUCGUGUUUCAGUCCUGACUCUUUAUGGGGCUCUGGUGACAACUCAGGCUCCUCUCCCUGAGGUGCAGCUCCUCCUCCGACAGCCAGAGGGCAGCAACAGCAGCAGCGCAGGCUCAUUCACGCCGAAGGACUCAGCCCUCAGCUGGAGACAAAGAGACAGCGUGUCCUCACCUUCUCGCACGCCACCCACACCCUCCCCCCGUGGCCCCCGUACACCGGCAGAAGAGGACAGUUCCCCGCCAUGGCUGCUUCAGCUGUGUGUGUCACUGGUGACUCAGCCCAGAGAGGACCAAUCAGACAGCGAUGGUGGCGGGACAGGAGGAGGCCUUGCCUUAGAGCCAUCCCCUGUUCGACUAGAGGCUUUACAGGUCAUGUCCCACCUGGUGCGUGGCUACUUCUCUCUCGCCCAAGCAUGUCUGUGUGAGAUUGGGCAGGUGAGCGCUCGUUGCCUUGGGGAGACUGACCCCUCCAUACAGCUGCACGGAGCCAAGUUACUGGAGGAGUUGGGGACAGGAAUAAUCCAGCAGUACAGAGCAGAGAACAAUGUGCCCGAGAGCUCGAGGGUCCCCAUGAGUCAAGUGGUGCUGUUUUGGUCUGAGGUCUUGAGUGGUCCUCUGAACCGAGCACUGCAGAACGAACAGCAUCCCACGCUGCAGACGAGCGCCUGCGACACACUGUCCUCCAUCCUGCCGCAGGCUUUCGCACAGCUGCCGGACAAGACUCAGCUGAUGUGCAUCACUGUGCUGCUGGGGCUGACCUACAGUGAAAACUAUCUGGUGAAGACCGCAGCUGUCAGAGCUUUGGGAGUCUACAUACUGUUCCCCUGUCUUAGAGAGGAUGUGAUGUUCGUGGCGGACACAGCCAACACAAUCCUCGCUGCCCUCGAUGAUCGAUCUCCAAACGUCCGCGCCAAGGCAGCCUGGUCCCUGGGCAACCUCACAGACACACUAAUCGUUAAUAUGGAGAGUGUUGGUGUGGACUUCCAAGAAGAGUUAUCGGACAUGCUGCUGCUCAAGAUGUUGCAGGCAGCCACCCGAGCGUCGGCCGACAAAGACCGAGUGAAGUCUAACGCGGUGCGAGCCCUCGGGAAUCUGCUUCAUUUCCUGCGUCAGAGUCAGCUGAGCCGGGCUGUGUUCCAACGCCCGCUGGAAGACGCAGUCCGCGCUCUGGUUAAAACUGUGCAGUCGGAAGCCACUAUGAAGGUCCGGUGGAAUGCCUGUUACGCAUUGGGAAAUGCUUUCAGAAACCCCGCCUUGUCACUCGAUUCAGCCCCGUGGUCCAGUGAUGCAUUCUCCUCCCUCUGCCAUGUUGUCACUUCCUGUAAGAACUUCAAGGUGCGGAUCAAGUCUGCCGCCGCCCUGGCAGUUCCCAGCCACCGUGGUUGCUACGGGGACAUGGAGCGGUUCAGCUGCGUGUGGCGUUCGCUGGCUAAAGCACUGGAGAACAGCGAAGACACAAACGACUUCUUGGAGUACCGCUACAGCGCCAGCCUGCGACACACGCUCUCACAAGCUCUCCUGCACCUGCUCAGCGUCAGCCAGCAGCAGGACAUGCCCGCCCUUGGGGCAUCGCUGGAAGGGGAGGAGGGGAGGGCCAUCAAAGAGCAUUUGAUCAAAUAUGUCAGAGCAGAGGAAGGAGGAGGAGAAGGAGAGCAGGGAGAGAAAGAAGCAGGGGGGGACAGUUCGACUCCACAGCAGAGAGUUGGAGGUCUGCAGCAGACUCUGAUUAGACUGAAGGAGCUGCAGGCUGAAGCAGAGGAGGAGAGGGGUAAAGAGGUGGUGGUUCAGUUUCUGGAGGACUUGCUGAAGUCCUGUGAAGAGCCAUAAACUUUAAUUUCCAACUGCUGCACUGGGUUUCUUAAAACUGUCUCAGAUCAUGAAGGCUUGAUUUUCAAGUUGGACAGAUCAUAGGGGAAACGUCCAACCACAAACUAAAGAUGGUAAAAAAUCAUGUAACAAGAGGGUAAAGAUCAUGUAACAAGGAACCAUCAGACUGUGACUUUUUACAUAUCAGGACUUUAUGAAAUUUGUGCCUUUUUAUAUCGUUGUAUCACUAUUGUGGACCAAAGGUGCAGUCAGCGAUUCUAAUCCAGUCUGAUCAAAACUUUUUGGUAAAUUCAGUGCAUAUCAUGGAAACAAAUAAUCAGGCUCAGACCGAGCCACACAACACUGCUCCAGCCAAUCAGCCACAGGGGGACAAGUCGCACACAGACGACGACCUCCCCCUCUGCUUCUGUCUGCUACUCUAAUCAUGAAAAAAGAAAUAGAGAUACACCUUGCCAGUGUCACUUGCUACAGCAAACCCCACAUUGUUUAACUUGGACUAACAAAUCUUUGUGUGUAUAACUGUAUUUAUUUAAUUUCCCCUUGAACAGCAGAUGCUUGAUGAAAUUAGUUGUGCAAUUAUGUUUUGAGAACAAAUUAUUGGUUCAUUAUAGACUGAGAUUAUGGGUGAUCAUUUGUUGUUCGUUGACUUUCAGUGGAAUCAUGUUGGUUUGACAUGAACAUACAGAAUUAUGUUGCUGUUAAACAGGAUUUGUUGUCCAAAAGAAUGUUUUAUUCAUUGUUUUAAGUAUAUGGAAGUUUUUUUUUUUAACAUCAAUUUGAUUAUUUUAUUUUGUCUUUUCAAUACAUCUGCCAUAUUGAGAUACAUACAGAAGUAAGUACUUUGGCGACUGUAUCCAUUUUAAAUCAAAUCUACAGCACUGAGGUGUAUUCAAAAGUAAACACAGCAAUGAUGUUGCUGACUGGACUGACUGACCGCACAUCUGUGGAGCACAGUAGAUGUUCAAAACAUUAAAUACAGUGAUUCUCUAAAGUCUGGUCUCAGAGUUACUGUACACAGUUGUACAAACAGUAGGUGAUGUCUGAUGAAUCUCUUAUCUGCUCUGUCCUGCAACAUGCUGUUUUCCUAAAGUUGACCUUAGUUUAAAACACUGAUCUGUACGUGUUGCACAAAGUGUAAAAGUCUGGAAGUAACAACCCUGAGGUCUGCAAAUGAAUAGAAUAAUAAACUAUACAUUAGU